AUGUGCAGCCCCGCGGACGCCGCCGUGAUCAAACGCACCCUAGAAAUCUCGCGCUACGCCGCGCACUUGGCGGUCCGCAACCAACAGCUUUUGCUUAAACGCGACGGCCAGGUGGUAGGCCAUGCGCCGUGCGAGGACCUGGGCGUGGUGAUGGUGGACCACCCGCAGGCGACCUACAGCCACCACGCGUUGGUGUCGCUGGCCGAGGCGGGCGCGGCGGUCGUGCUGUGCGGACGCGACCACCUGCCCGCCGCAUUGGUGUUGCCGCUGGCGCAGCACUCGCAGCUGGUGUCGCGGAUGGCGGACCAGAUCGCCGCUAGCCGACCGCUGAAAAAACGGCUCUGGAAGCAGUUGGUGGUCGCCAAGAUCCAGGCCCAGGCCCGCAACGUCGACCCCCGGCUGCCGGCGCAGAAGAAGCUGCUGGCGUUGGCCGACGAAGUGCGCUCGGGCGACCCCACAAACGUCGAGGCCCACGCGGCCAAGGUGUACUGGCGUAACUGGCUCGCUACGGCCGAUACCCUGGAAGCGGACACCGAGCCGUUCCGCCGGGACGCGAACGCCGGUGGACUGAACGCGUUCUUGAACUACGGCUACGCGAUCCUGCGUGCGGCCAUCGGCCGCACGAUUGUGGCCGCCGGGCUGCAGCCGGGGCUCGGCCUGCACCACGUGGGACGGGGCAACGCGUUCUGCCUGGCGGACGACCUGAUCGAGCCGUUCCGACCCCUGGUCGACGAGCGGGUCCGCGAGAUGCACCGCCAGGGGUACGUCACGCUCGAACAGCCCGCGAAGGCGGAGCUUCUCGGCGUGCUCACCACGCCGAUGCAGAUCGGCGGCAAGCCACAGACGGGGCCAUUGAUGGUGAUGCUGCACCGUGUGGCGGCAUCGCUGGCGGGCUGCUACGCGGGCGAGGAGCGGCGGCUAGCGAUCCCGUUGCCGGAACCGAACAUGCGGAUCACAGGGUACCGGCUGAUGUGGGUGCUGGCGAUGUUCGACCUGCCGACCGACACGCGGGACGCGCGGCGGAACUACACCCUGUUCCGCAAGCAGCUGAUCAGCAACGGGUUUCAGCAGAUGCAGUACUCGGUGUAUGCUCGGCCCUGCCCGAGCCGCGAGAACGCCGAGGUGCAUCUUGCGCGGAUCGAGGCCCACCUCCCCCCCGCAGGCGAGGUGCGGGUGCUGGCCAUCACCGAUAAACAGUUCGAGCGGAUGCAGAUAUUCUGGGGGCGAAAACGCCGUGCGAUUGAGCAACCUCCUCAUCAACUUGAGCUUUUCUAG